UAGGUGGUUUACUUAUAAAAGUCGCGCUAAAAAUCUCUGCUGUGGAGAAAUAUUGGAAUUCCAAGAGUAAAAAGUUUAGAAACCCAAAAUGGAAGGCUUAAUCAACGUGCUUUUUUGCGCCACAAUCAUCUCCAUGGCAACCAUAAAUGGUGCCUUAGCAACACCGCCAGGAAGGGGAGGGAGCAGUCAUGAGAGAGACGACUGGGGGAAUCGAAACUAUGGUUACCCCGGCAACGUCCUGAGUUACCUCCAGUCCCUGGACCAGAGGUUGAGACGUGUGGAGAGGGACGGCUGUCUCUCGGGGUAUUUUUACCAGACUGUCUGCAGCGACAACAAUGGUACCGCCGUGGGCGUGACCGAAUGCACCGAGUCCCAGUUGACGUACUACAAUGUCACGGUCAUCAACCGGCCCGUCCAGUUCACCUCCCCCUUCCUCGCCCCUCCCACCGUGGUUGCAGGGUUGACUGGGUUGUUCUUCUAUGCUGGAGGUGACUUGCAAGUCCAGCCUACCGGCGUCAGUACAUCCGGUUUCAACGUUCGAAUAACGCUGAAGGGAAUACUGCCGUUUGACCUGAAGAUUUUUUGGAUGGCAUGCACUAAAGCAACGGCUCCCUUUGGUUAAACAUACCAUGAUGGUGGUGGGGAGGGAUUGAUCGGCUAUUCACAGACUCGAUUUUUUAAAAAUACAGGUGGGAUUGUUGAUAAUUAAAACGUGUUUAAAACUGUCAAGAAGAUAGCUUAACGGCAGUGUUUCUUCCAGACUAU